UAAAUUGGGUCCAAGGGGGCUUCGGUAUCUCCCUAUCUGAUCGCAGGACAGCUGAUCAACAACAGCCAGUCGAAAGUAGUGGAACCUAAUGGCGGAAUUCACGGAGGAGUUCCACGUGGAAGCGAAGAGCAACGGGUGGGCAACUUACAGGCAGCUCAUCGAGCGCUUGCGCCGUCGAUUGGAAGCGACUCGUUCCCACGAUCGUCCUGUGCUUCCUGCUCAAGAGAAUCCACCUACCCGAUGGUUCGACCUCGUGCUGCGAACCUAUUCUCAUGAGAUCACGCUGAGGAUCCGGCGGGGCAACCUCUACCUGGACGCCUACCGAAUGGAGAACUCUAACCGGUGGUUGGAGUUUGGGAGGGAUCCUGCUCCGCAUCUGAUACCAGGAUCCUCCUUCCUUGGCUUCGGUGGGGAAUACAACGACUUGGAAAAUGCUGCCGGUCAGAGGAGAGAGGCCAUAAACCUUGGCCAGCAGCAACUCACGACCGCCGUAAAUCUGCUCGCUACCUCCACGGUGCGCCGAGAGAGGGCACGGUCGCUGAUCAUCGUGAUCCAGAUGAUCUGCGAAUCAGUUAGAUUCAUUCGUAUCUCCGAUCAUCUCUUGGACACAUACCGCGACGGUUCGCCAGCCCCUAACUGGAUGCAGAAUCUAGUGCACGGCUGGGGAGACCUCUCUGAAGAGUUGCUGCGCCAGGACGCCGAUGCCGAACAUCGCUUCCGACUUUCACAACCCAACCGAAUGGCAAUUUAUAACGCUUUAGAGGCGACAGCGCAAAUUGGCAUCUUGCUGCGUCCUUGCCUCGGGCCUCGAAGGAUCCCGCGCAUGCCCCGCGACGAUGGACCCGUCCGGCUUCCUCAAGGACGACCGCUGGUCGAGGUGUUCUUUGUGCGCAUCGACAACAUCGACGACGAGGACCCAGGCGAGCUCUACGGCUGGAUAACGGUCGCCGACGGAUUGCGUACUCAAUACAUCUGCAACCGAGCAAGAGACAAUUAUGAAUCCAUCCGCCCGGGCCAGUUUGCUUUGCUGACUGGCCCAGACCGAGCCAUAUCAGCCCUCGGGAGCUUCACCAUCGAUGUAGAUCUCAAGGAUAGGGAUGCUGACCCGUCUCCAGAUGACGAAGUCAGCCGCGGGCAGAUCUCGUGGAACGCUUACGACACCACCAACGAGUACGACAAGGCUCUGCUUUCCCGCGUUGACGGCAAGUAUGGUUCGAUAACAGUGAAGUACGCGGUGUUAAGCGAUGCGGUGGCGGCCAUUCUGGAGGUCACGCUCAUAGACGGAGAUGGGGAAGACCCAGCCGAAGUUUAUGGAGGACUUGCUGCUCUCAAUGGUCUCGGUGAAAGUGAGCUCUUCCGAAAGGGGUCGGACGACUACAUAGAAGUACGUCCUGGGCAGCGCAUCCCGUUGUUGAGGUCCAUCGUAGCAGUGCCGCUGAACUCCUCCCUCACAGUUCGAGCGCUUCUGUAUGAUCACGACACCGUUUCUCACGACGAUGAGAUUGCCAACGGCACUGCAAAGUUCCCUGUUCAACUCUCCGGUACAUCCCAGGAGUAUAUUUCUGGCAAGAACGGUAAAAUUCGAGUGAGGGUGACCUGGACCAUGGAUAUCUGAAGUCAUAUAUAUGCUACUAUAUAUGGAUGAUAAUAUGAAUAAGCUUGUGGUGAUUAUGCGUGUUGUCAUCAUGGCUGUCCGCUUGCUUCCUGAGCAUUAGUAUAUGUAAUGAGUCCGAAUCCUCCGCAAUGUAUGUGCUUUCCCUAGCAAACACUAAGUUUGCAUAAAUAAAUAGUAAUCUUGCAGAAAUAAACAUUGCAUAAAUGAUAAGGCUCAAAGUUGGACUUA